CAUAUGAAGGGGUAAAGAGGGAAAACUAGGUAAUAUUUCAGUAAAUUGCGUCUGCACCGGAUUUAUCUCUUGGCAAACUGCUGAUCUUUGUCUGGUUUGUGUCACUGUCCAAGAUGGCAGCGCUACUGGGACUGCGUGCUUUCGUCUCCGCUCUUCAGCUGUCCUCACCGAGCCUUGUGCAGAGUUCAUUUAAAUUAUGUGCUGUGCCCCUGAGUCGGCGGACCUUUGCUGCAGAGGCUAAAAAGACUUACAGCAGAGAGAAGCCCCACGUCAACGUUGGAACAAUUGGACAUGUCGAUCAUGGCAAGACCACCCUCACUGCAGCCAUAACAAAGGUACUUGCUGAUGCCGGUGGUGCCAACUUUAAAAAGUAUGAGGACAUCGACAAUGCCCCUGAGGAAAAGGCCCGGGGAAUCACCAUCAACGCCUCUCAUGUGGAAUACACCACAGCCAACAGACAUUACGCUCACACAGAUUGCCCUGGUCAUGCUGACUAUGUCAAGAACAUGAUCACAGGCACUGCUCAGAUGGACGGCUGCAUCCUGGUGGUGGCGGCCACCGAUGGUCAGAUGCCCCAAACUCGUGAGCACCUCCUGCUGGCGAGGCAGAUCGGGGUCGAGCACGUAGUGGUGUUCAUCAACAAGGCGGACGCGGUGGAGGACAAGGAAAUGCUGGAGCUGGUGGAGAUCGAAAUCCGCGAGCUUCUCACGGAGUUCGGCUACGACGGCAACACCACGCCUGUUGUGAUAGGCUCGGCCCUCUGUGCUCUGGAGGGUCGUGAGCCAGAGCUCGGUGUCAGUGCAGUCAUGAAACUGCUGGAGAUUGUGGAUUCGUAUGUUCCAUUGCAACGAGAACUGGAAAAGCCGUUCCUUUUGCCGAUCGAAAGUGUUUAUUCAAUCCCAGGCCGGGGGACAGUCGUGACCGGCACCAUGGAGAGGGGUGUUUUGAAAAAAGGGUCCGACUGUGAGUUUGUGGGUCACAAUCGCAGUUCCAAAUCUGUGGUUACAGGUAUCGAGAUGUUCCAUAAAUCUCUGGAUCAGGCCGAGGCCGGGGACAACCUGGGCGCUCUUGUCCGAGGCAUGAAGAGGGAGGACGUGAGGCGAGGGAUGGUGAUGUGUAAGCCGGGAUCCAUCAAGCCUCACCAGAAAGUCAACGCUCAGGUGUACAUUCUGAGUAAAGAGGAGGGAGGACGACACAAGCCGUUUGUCACCAACUUUAUGCCAGUCAUGUUCUCCUUAACGUGGGACAUGGCCUGCAGAGUCACCGUGCCUUCUGGCAAGGAUAUGGUGAUGCCGGGGGAGGACACCUCCUUGACCCUCACGCUCCGACAACCGAUGGUCCUGGAGAAAGGUCAGAGGUUCACUCUCAGAGACGGCAACAAAACUAUCGGCACCGGCCUGGUGACGGACAUCCUGACAAUGACAGACGAAGACCAGUGGGUGUCAUAAGAAAGCAUACGGGGGAACUCUGGGUUUAGGGUUGGGAAGGGGAGGCGGGGGGUAUUUGGGAGGAUUUAAUGGAAGGGUGCUUGUCUGUGUCUGCCACGAUUAAAUACUGUAAUUCCCCAAAGUUGCAAACGCAGAGGAUACCUUAUAUACAGCUUCAUCUGAUAUGUUGCGAUAUUACAGUCAUCCAAAAUAUUUGUGAAGGGCCAGAGCGCUUCAUGUCAUUUAUGUAAUAAAAUAUAUUAAAUAACUUCA